AUGCCCACUUCCACAAAGAGAAAGGCAGACGGCCAGACCCGGACUGAAGAACCAAAGAAACGACGUAAGAAAAGGAAGCAGACAGAAGAGACAAAGAGGAAAGAUGACGAUGACGAAGACUGCCACACUGUUCAGAUCUCAGUCAGGAUCCCCACGAAAAGCUUCUGUGCGUUUUGGGAGGAACAGCGCAGCCGUGCACCCGAGCAAGACUCCUUCCAAAACGACCACCACAAAAAGAUGGAGCAGAUGUGGGAUUCUCUGACUGUCCAGGAAAGACAUGUGUUCUACCGUCUGGGUCACGGGUUGGCCGUCAGGAAGGUUGGAACAAACAUGUUGGACGACAUUCUCCUUGGAUUCAUUCAAAUGAAGGAAGAGGCUGAAUUCAUGAAGAAUUCAGUAUUAGAGGACCCUUAUGUUGACACCACGUUGGAGGACUGGUUCCAGAGAUAUCUGGACCAGGAAUCUUCUCCUCCUGCACCUCCUGAGGAGGCACAGGAUUUGUAUGAUUCCUUCAUCCCGGACUUUGUCUGUCCUGAGGACACAGAUGGGCCUCUGGAAGUCCCUCCAGACUCUCCUCUCCUUCCCACCUACAGCGUUCCUCCAGUGGUCCCUCCCUACACCGAUGCUCCUCCCACCUGCGAGGCCCCUCCUCCCAAUCCUCCUCUGCCACCAUCCUUCAUCCCCACCAUCACUGACACUCCUCCCACCUGUGAGGCCCCUCCUCCCAAUCCUCCUCUGCCACCAUCCUUCAUCCCCACCAUCACCGACGCUCCUCCACCAGUCCGUCCCCGCACUCCUUCCCCACCCAGACCUCACAUUAAAAAACCGCCAAACUCAUUUAUGCUGUUUCGCCAGGAGCAGCGCCCCCUUGUGGCGGCACAGAAUAAUAUCACCGACUGUGCCGCCAUCAACAAAAUUCUGGGACAGAUGGUGAGUGUUGUGUGCACACUCCUGCACGUGCACAAUCUUGUCGUUGUGUCAGUGUUGACUAACGGUGUGUUUUCGUCUGUUUGCAGUGGAAAUCACUUUCUGAAAUCGAAAAAGAAAAAUAUCGCAGACAGCAGAAAGAGUUGAGCGAGCGACAUUAUGAGCUCCACCCAGACUGGAUGCCCACUG